AUGCGGCCUGGAUUUAUGCCGAAUGCGGGGGCCCCUGGGGGGCCCCAAACUCCAGCGCAGCAGGCGCGACAAGAUACGCAGUAUCCCCCAUCCGGGUGGCAGAUGCACCAGAAUGUAAGCACAUACAGCAACAUGGGGGCCCAUAGCCAGCUGCAACAACCACCGGGGCGGCUGGCACCUCCACAGCUGUUUUUUCAGCAGCAGCAAUAUCCGGGGCAACAACAGCAGCAGCAGCAUUGGCAGCUGCAGCAGUGGCAGGCCUCCCCUCCACCCCCUCCGCCCCUGCCUUCUGGCCCACAGCAGUUCCAGCGUGUUGCCCCAAUGCAAUAUCAACAACCUACUCUGCCUCCACAGUACCAGCAACCGCAGCAACACGCACCUAACCAGCCACAGGUGUAUGAACAUGCAACACCAGGAGGGCAGCAGCAAGGGAUAGGAUCAUCGCAAGCGGGCCCUUACCGACGGUUCGACCCGCAGCAUCGGUCACCGUUUGCUGCAGCAGUCAAUGCACUUAGAGCUACAACUCGCCAAGGCAACGCAAUCUCACGGCCUCAGGAAGAAAUUAUUCUCAGCAGCAGCAGUAGUAGUAGUAGUGACUCGGAAGAGGAGGCUUCUUCUCAGCUUUAUCAUGCGCAGCAACAGCAAAAUCGACAGCAGGCUGCAAAGCAACCGCCAAGGCAGUUGCUCCCGCAGACGCAGCAACAGCAACCACAGCAGUCACAACAGCAACACCAGCAGAGGCCACAACAGCAAAAUCGACAGCAGGCUGCACAGCAGCCUCAAAGGCAGUUGCUUCCGCAGACGCAGCAACGGCAACCGCAGCAGUCACAAAAGCAACACCAGCAGCGGCCUCAACAGCAGCAUCAGCAGCCACCGCAGCAGCUGCAACACCAGCCAGAGCUGCAACAGCAACGGCUGCAACAGCGCGAGCAGUGCGAGCAGCACCACCGUCGAGGGAGGUUGCAGCAGCAGAAUCAGGAGCCCCAGCAGAGGCAGGAACAGAAGCAUGAGAAGCACCAGUGGAACCAAAAGCAGCGGAUGCAGCCUCACGACGCGCAGUCUGGCGACGGGAGGUCUUGGUGCACAGGCCCGCUCCGCAUGGACGCUGUAGCUUCGGGCUCUGCUGCCCCAGCCCCUUGUAGGGCAGGCGUCAACGACAGUAACAGUGGUGGUAGUAGUAGUAGCAGCAGCAACAGCAGUAGCAGCAGCAGCAGUAGCAGCAGCAGCACUAGCAGUAGCAGCAGUAGUAGUAGCAGCUGCAGCAUCAGGAAUUCGUUUGAGAUAAAUGUGCAAUGUUUACUCCCCGAGCUAUCGGGUUUAAUAAAGUGGCGUGAUGGGCGACUGCAGAAGGCACUGCGGUUUGCAUGCGAAGAAGACGGCGUACAGCCGAGCGAGGCAGACCCAGACUCUUUCAUUGUCGACUCGGACAC